AUUGUUGUCGGAGCGAAGUCUGCGUCGUCUCGCGAGUGAGUUAUGGCACCGGCAAUGUCAUCGCGGAUCGCGAUACGGGAGAUCGGGUUUACUUUGAUCCUGCUGCUCGUGUCAUCCGCGCAGGCGGUGGACUAUGAAUUCCACAGACACGACGAGAUAUCAGUGAAUUUGAACGACAACAUAAUCUUGACGAGCCGCGACUUUCUCGAGCAGCUGAAUUUCGUAGCGCCAAAAGAGAGUUACACAUUACAAGAAGCCACGGAGUACUUACUGUAUUUCGGUGCUCUCCUGCGAGCGCGAAUAGUCGACACCUUCGGCAGCCUUCUGUACGAUUAUUAUGAUGACUUCAGUGUUGCGGAAGUGGAGGCGUUGCACAAGAUAUAUUGGAAGAUCCUCGAGCGACAGUACGACAUAUUCGACCUAAUCCCCAGUGUCCUGAGGAACCAGGAUACGAGACCGUCCAGGAUCUGUGCCGAGAUCUACAAACACUCCAGGGACUCCUGUCUGAGAAGUAGCGCCAGCAUGUGCCGCAGAAUCAGGAAGCAGCACGAUCUCCCGCAUCCCGACGAUCACAAUACAGCCGCGUUGAAUGUCACGUAUCACGUGUACUAUUCGUCCAAGAUAUCGAAGCAAUAUCCCAGAGGUUUCUCUCUGGCGACGUUACUGAGGCUCCUGCAGCGGGAAGUGCUGGUAAUCACGCCCAAUCUACUCUCUGGACUUUUCUAUAAUGUAAGAUACGAGAACUACGACGACGAUGUUCGCCUCGCCGAGAGGGAACUUGUACGACACUUUCAUGAAAUUUCGAAGACCGAAAUUUCAGUGUCGACGGUGGAGCUGAGGAAGUUUCAUACUAUGAAUUCCUUCUUUAAGUACUACAUCGGUAUAUACGCUGAGAAAUCUUCGAACGACGAUCUGAAAAAGUACGCGCUCCUGAUUGCGAAAAGAAUCUCCGACGACGUCGGCACGAUCGACGAGAAUAUCCACUUGCUCGGUAACGUCUACGAGAACCAAGCGAUUCACGUUGAAUAUCUCUUCGAUCUCGUGCUGCCUGAUGACCUACUUGAGAAAGACCUAAUCGAGGCUAAGAAAUACCUAGUGAUGAAAUUAAACAAAUUCAACGUGGUGGAAAAGUACCUGAAAGUGCAGAAGUAUCAGCAGACCACUCCCGCUCAGCUGUUGAUGGAGAUCACCGGACAGCUGAUAGACAUCGACUUUGCCAAAAACAUCGCGACGUCUCUGCGGAUGCACGCGAAAUUCUGGCACAAGAGCCGUAUGAUCGAAAGCCUCGACGAGCUGCUGGAACUGUUCGAUGCCUAUGAAAAUUUACGGCAAGUGCCGCGCUACUUGCACAUAAUGGAGAAAAUCGAUGGAAUCAAGGAGAGUUUGCAGGAUAUGAAGGACAUCCCCGUUGAGAUUCUCUGCAAUGUUCCGCGAGCUUGUCUGCGAAUAGGUUUAAAACUGAUUUUACGUUGUAAAUUGAUAAAUUCUCAAAUCAAAGAUUCCAUCAAAAACUUUUUGGAGAUGAGUGACGAGUGCGUGGACACUCCGGAUUUAAGACGCUCAGUAGAGAUCCCGUUCAAAAUAUCAAAAAAACGUUUUAGCACAACAUUGCUGACUACAGGCCUAACCGGCGAAACUACGAUUCGACGCAGUACAGCCCGUAAAUUCAAAGCGACUACAGAGCUUGUUGAAUCUAUCAAAACUACAGAGACUCCAAGGAGACCCAAAGGUCAUGCUUCGGACUUUCCGAGGACGACGACGACAACUGUGUUGACGACUACGACCGAACCCAUGCCAAUCUCAACCAUGGCCAUAACCAGUACGACAGUUGCGACAACUACACCAUUACCUACAACAAUUACAACGUUACCCACGACAACUACGACUUCGCCUGUUACAGAAUUAUCUACGACUACGUUGCCAACGACAACUACAACAUUAUCUACAACUACGACAAUGUUGCCAACAACUACAACAUUGCCUACGACUACCACAACAUUGCCUACGACUACCACAGAAGUGCCUACGACUACAACAUUGCCAACGACUACCACAACAGUGCCUACGACUACCACAGAAGUGCCUACGACUACCACAACAGUGCCUACGACUACCACAGAAGUGCCUACGACUACCACAACAUUGCCUACGACUAUCACAGCAGUGCCUACGACUACCACAACAUUGCCUACGAUUACCACAGAAGUGCCUACGACUAUCACAACAUUGCCUACGACUACCACAACAUUGCCUACAACUACCACCACAACUUUGCCCACAGUGAUCAGUACAACAUUGCCUACAACUUCCACAACGCAUGCCAUGACGACAACCACGAUAUCACCUACAACGGAGGUACCGAUCGUGGAUACCAACGUAGUAAUAGCACUGAAUCGUUCAAAGAUCAUGACAAAAGUAUUCACACCACACGUUGACAUCGGAAUUUCGACAAAGACCUUGAUAACAGCAACACCUGUCCCCAUCAGCCCUUGCGAAGCGGCUGAAUGCAUUACUGAACAAAGUACAACUAGCAAAUAUGUCGAAACGACGCCUACUCUGCUCUCGACGACGCAAUCUCCGACGACGACGCCGACGAUGCAGACUUCCACUCUUGAAACUACUGAGCCACCGCAUCAUCAAGACUUAACUACGGACUCUGCAGUUUUUUCAACAACUGAGUUGAUUGAAAUGCCGACUACGAAAGGCUGCGCGCAGAUCUGCUUAGAAAAAUGCGAAUUCAACGUCGAAACACCGGGGAGGUCCUGCGAAACAAGCUGCGACUCCGUGACGGAAGACUGCAACGAGGACAAUCCUCCGGAGACGAGCUCUCAGGAAUGUGACAAGAGUUGCGAGUGCGAUACCAAAGAAAAGAGCGGCGAGUGCAUGACCUUGUGUCCUCCGGACAACGCGGAGAGCUCAUCCUGCGAGGAUGGCGACUGCAUGACAGCGGGGGUGCCGCCGUUGAGUAUAAAACUUGAACGCUCGCGAAUACGCAGCAGCAUGUGCGAGAUCCCGAAUCUCCAUCAUCGUCGUCAGUUGAGACGGUUGGCGAAGAUGCGGGCGAUCAGCGCCAACGUUGGAACCGCGACGUCACGCGUCGAUAUCUCUAGAUCGAAGACGUCGCAUCAUCGAGAUCAAAUUGCGACCAAGAAACUGUACAAAAUGGUGGACACCGAAAUACCUUAUACCAAAAGCAAGAAGGUAACGGGAUACUUGCAGAAGAAAUCUCUUCAUGGCCGAUUGAGCGGGAACGACAGAGAACAAAGGCGUCGCAAGGAACGGGAACAAAUCUACAGGUUGAAGAAGCGGCUGGCGAGAAAACUCAGCGGGAAACUGGCCCAUAAAACAACGAUACAUCACACGAGAGGGAUCGUAGAUCCAUUUCGCCAUAGUCAGAUUAAAAGGAUAUCCGAGAGAGGCGCGAAAUUAAUCGACGCGUAAAAGGCCGAGACGAGAUCAGAGUUUAUUGAUUUAAAAUUACGUCGUUUUAGCAAGUAAUGUUAUUAUAGCUGUUAUGUAAUUAUAUGGCCGUCACUUCACGUGCUGCGUUUAGCGUACUUUUCGUCCAUUUAAUCGGGUCAGAGGCGAAAAAUAUCGUGGAUUAACGUAACGGGAGGAGCUAAUUAUAUUGAAGACAAGAGCGUUUAUCGAAUUCGGUUAAACGAUUACUCGGUCCGGAGGGUUUAAUUUAAUAGCUGUCUAUAUUUAAUCGGACCGUCGUCGAAUCGUAUGAAUUAUAAAUUAUUUCUUCGAUACUUUCUCAAAGAGGCCGUCGUUGACGUCGCAACAUUGAUCAAUUAAAGUCACGUUAAUAAGAUCUCUUAUCAGCGUUUCGAGCUAAAAUUUAUAUUACAAGCGGCUAAAGUAUUUUCGAACGUUUAAA